AUGCAUAUUCUUAUCAUUAAUGACGAUGGACCUCCUUCAAAUCAAUCAUCCCCUUACGUUCAUUCUCUCGUUAACACACUUCAGAAUGCUGGCCACACUGUCUCUGUUGUUCUCCCUCACAGGCAAAGGUCAUGGAUCGGCAAAGCCCAUCUUGUUGGUGUCACCGUGAAACCCUUGUAUUUCCGCCCAGGUACUCUCCAUAAAGACGAUGGAACAAUUCACCAUCUACCGCAAGGGUUCGAUGGCGAACCUGAUUGUGGGGUCGACGAAUGGAUGCUCGUCGACUCAACUCCCGCGAGCUGCGCCCAAAUUGGGUUAUUCCAUUAUAAUCAAGACAGAGGUCCAGUAGAUAUAGUGGUAUCCGGUCCAAAUUAUGGGAGAAAUACGACGGCGGUUUUUUCUUUGUCGAGUGGGACGAUUGGUGGUGCAAUGGAGGCUGCGAUGUGUGGAGUGAAGGCUAUCGCACUUUCUUACGCUUUCAGUUCCAGACAUCAUGACCCGGUAAUCAUUGCCGAGGCAUGCAGACUCUCAAUUCGUUUAAUCGAGCAUCUCUACAAGAAUUGGGGAGAAGAUGUGGAUCUAUACAGCAUCAAUGUUCCCUUGGAGCCUGGCGUGGAGCACGGAAAGAUACUAUACACGCCGAUAUUGGACAACCGAUGGAAGUCAGGAAGCUGUUUCGAAGAAAUUGAUGCCGGGUCCAGUGGUGAAGGGCCCGAUCUACAAGAGCAGCAACUGCGUGAGGGCGAGGUGACGCAGAAAGACGGUGACAACUCAUCUGCACCUCGAUAUCGCCACAGGCAUUUCAAAUGGGCGCCAAAAUUUACCGAUGUCUACCGUAGUGUUGACGAAAGCGAGCCCGGGAAUGAUGGAUGGGCGGUAAAAAUGGGACAUACUAGGUACGAAGCAUCCGGCAGCAAGACGGGAACCCCCAUCUUCAUACUUCAUUGGCUGCGGGUAUUAUUGACCAUUCUCUUCCUACACAGUGUAACGCCGCUCAAAGCCAAUUUUAUGCAUCUCCAAAGCUAUAGUGGCGAGAUAAAGUUGGAAGCAAGUAAUGCGACCAAGUUAUACACGAUCGUGGAUUGUGACGACAAAUAUGUCCAGCCACUUGUCCUUGAAUCUCUUCAGAAAAAGCUCAGUGGUAUUCCCUAUCAAUUGAUUCCUUCGCUAUCCCAACUUCCAAGCCCAUCGUCACCGGUCUUACAGUAUUGUGUCUACGAGAAAUCCGAUUUUGACCAUGUGUUUGAACAUCCGUCGACUUCACUAGUAAAUUCCUAUGUGAUUCGCAAAGCUCUUAUUCGCAAACACUACCUGUCGAACACGAUUUCAAGUUGGAUUACAAAAUACCCCAAUAGCAUUCUCAAGAAGCACUUCAAACCCGCUGUCGAUUUUGAAUUGGACUUCGCAGAGUUUUUAGAUGAGGCUCUUUUCGAGGCGUAUGAGCUGCGUGACAGUCUUGAGCAGAACGAAGGAAAGGCGGAACGAGACAAAGAAUGGUGGAUCCUGAAGCCAGGGAUGAGUGAUCGCGGACAAGGAAUCCGACUCUUUAAUAGCGAAUCAGCGUUGCAGUCCAUUUUUGAGGAAUGGGACGAAGACGAAGGCGACGACGAAGACGAAGCAGAACAUAGUGAUGAGUCAGCAGAUGCGGCUCUGUCUUUCAACGAACAGCACGUCCCUGAUAACGCGGUUGUAACAUCUCGACUUCGCCAUUUCAUUGCGCAGCCUUACAUCCACCCACCGCUUUUGUUGCCUUCAUCAGGCCACCGAAAAUUCCAUAUUCGCGUAUACGCACUUGCAAUAGGCUCCCUAAAGGUCUAUGUACACAGGGAGAUGCUGGCGUUAUUUGCGGAAAAGCCUUAUGCUCCACCGUGGGAAAAAGGAGGGGUCGAGGAGCUUACCCGGCACCUUACAAACACAUGCUUGCAAGUGGGCACUGCGGGCACAGCCGCGACAGGGAGUGUCCGUCGUUUCUGGGCGCUAGAUGAUAAGCCCGAUACGCUACCAUCGAACUGGAAAGAGCAGGUUUACGAGCAGAUCUGCGCUGUGGCCGGAGAAGUAUUCGAGGCUGCGGCUCGUGGGAUGAUGGUACAUUUCCAGACUCUUCCGAAUGCCUUCGAGCUAUUUGGUAUCGACUUUUUAGUCGACGAGAAAGGGAUCGUCUGGCUCUUGGAAUUGAACGCCUUCCCCGAUUUUCGACAGACGGGAGAGGAAUUGAGAGACAGAGUUGUCAGAACACUGUUCGAGGAAGUGAUGAGCGUUGCAGUAAAGCCAUUUUUUGGAAUUGACAGCGGCGAUGAUCUUGCCAACUCAAAGAAGGCUGCCAAUGAGGACGCAACGUCGCUUCGCCUUGUGGCCAGUCUAGACCUGGGGCUCAACCGGUGA